AUGUUCGAGCUGAAACUAGGAAAAAGCGUAAGCGAGCAGAAGGACGAGAAGCCAAAUGAUGGGUCAUGCACCUUUGCGCUCUUCAAGAAGCUGCUGGAGGGGCUGCACGAAAUUGUGAAGCAGCUGGAAAUGAAGGUUUCGAACGAGGGCAUACACAUACAGGCCAUGGACAGCAUGCAGGUCAGCAUGGUGGAGGUUUUCCUGAAAAGCAGCGCGUUCGAGAGCUUCCGCUGCGACAAAAACCUGACCCUUGGCAUUCCCCUGUCGUUCAUACUGAAGGUGUUCAGAAGCCUGUCUGUGGAGGACAACCUGUCGGUUCUCCUCACCGCAAACGACGAGGCCACAAACCUGCACAUUAUUUGCGAAGACGGCGGAAAAAAGUACAGCUCGCAUAUGAACUUGACCGACGUGGGAAGCGACGAGUACACCUUCCCCAUGCUGGAGUAUCCAGCCACGAUUGUUUUUCUGUCUUCAGAGUUCCAGAAGGUCGUCAAGACCCUGGGGGCGUUUGGAGAUGUUCUUAAAAUCACGGCCGGCGAGAAAGGGUUUGUGUUUGAGCAAACGUCCGAGUUUGGAAACACCGAGGUGUCUUUCAUGCGCCACGAGGCCGGCGGAAGUGCAGAGAGCGCAACUUUUGAAGUUCAGGUCAGCGAGCCGGUCGAGCUGUUUAUCUCGUACAAGCAUGUGUCGCUGUUCAACAAGUUCGGGGCGCAGGGCGCCAAGGUCACCCUAAGCAUUGCAGAAGGCAUGCCCGCGCAUCUGUCCUCGACCAUGGGCGCUGGGUACAUAAAAUACUACAUUGCGCCCAGAGACACCGAAUAA